GCUGGAAACACUUAGCUGACUUGAUAAGAUAUCUGUAAGAAUGGAUAAAGCGUCCCAAAGCUACGGGCAAAGGAAGACUACCCAUGUUAAUUCCAACCCUCUGGUAGCAGAGCCUAGCAACUGGGAAUCCAUGACAAAACGCACUCAUAACCUGAAGUUCACCCCGGGUCCUUCCCCGACCCUGCCUGAUCUACCCCCUUCUAAGAGCCACAACAGAGCACACAAUCCACACUCUAAAAAUGUCUAUCACAUUCGACGUUUUAACAAUGAGAGAGUAUGUGACGUAACAAGUUCCGAGAAUGGCGAACAAGACAGGACGUUCAAUAGCCAGUCAAUCAGUAGAACGACGUAUGGGCCUAAACCACUUGGUAGUGAACGGCGCUUCACAAAGUCAUUGUACACCUCUAAGGAUCCACAUCCAUUAGUGAAUACAAUAGUUCCAAUAGAUCAUCAGAUUGAUGAAACAAGAGCGAAUUUUGCAAAAUGUGAAAGAAUCUUACCUGCUGAUGCCAAGGUUCACAUGCUGAAUACGAAACCAUUUGUAACAUUGAAGAGAAGAGUCACACCUCCCACAGAAGAGGGUGGCGUAUUUUACCAUGAUGUGCCAAGAUUGAAUAAGGAGAGUGUCACAUUACUGUCUGGUGGACAGUCAUUCUCUAGAAGGAAGGCAUCAAAGGGUCCAGCAGAAACGCUUUGUGUAAAUGGUUUUGACGGAGGUCCACAGGGCGAGGCUUGGCCUACAAGGCACAGUUUCUACAAAAAUGCUUUUCAUAGGUCCGACAACCGAAAAUCACAAUUACCUGACGUAAGAGACAAUCAAUACACGAUAAACUGAGAUUGCAAUGUAGAUUGAAAAAAUGUAGAUGACCUUUGAUUGUGUAUAUAGUAUAUUAGAAAACAAGAGUGAAUGUGCAAUACAUAUUAUAUGUAAAAUAAUUAAAAGAAACGAUUUGUUAUAUUUAUCACUUUUUAUUAAUGUCAAC